UGACAACUAAAAAAAUUGGUUUAUUGUAUUAUUUGAAAUACAAUUUAAAUAAUAAGAUCGAGUGAGAUGGCGUAUAAUGUUCAAGGAUCACGUUAUUUGAAGAUGUGGAAUGCACUUCGUAGGGUACUUUUUUCAAGCUCUAAGCAAAUACACAUAACACCUAACCCAGGUACAACUUCAAAAAGUACGAUAAAAAAGGAAUUGACAGUCAUAGAUCAUGUCUACGAUGCUGUCGUUGUCGGUGCUGGAGGGGCAGGCCUAAGGGCUGGAUUCGGCUUGGUCUCCAAAGGCUAUAAAACCGCAGUGAUCACGAAACUUUAUCCGACACGAUCGCACACAGUCGCAGCUCAGGGCGGUAUCAAUGCAGCUUUAGGCAAUAUAGAAAAGGACCAUUGGGCCUGGCAUAUGUACGAUACGACAAAAGGUUCUGACUGGCUUGGAGAUCAAGACUCCAUCCAUCUUCUAACGAGAGAAGCACCUCAAGUUGUUAUUGAGCUAGAAAACUAUGGAGUUCCUUUCUCAAGAACUGAGGAUGGCAGAAUAUACCAAAGGGCCUUCGGAGGGCAAAGUCUGGAAUUUGGCAAAGGGGGCCAGGCGCACAGAACUUGUGCGGUAGCUGAUAGAACUGGGCAUGCUUUGUUGCACACACUGUACGGCCAGUCUCUGAGAUACGACUGCAAUUAUUUUGUUGAGUACUUUGCACUCGAUCUGUUGAUGGACGGUGAUAAAUGUUGUGGCGUGCUUGCCCUUAACAUUGAGGAUGGCUCUCUCCAUAGAUUUUUCUGUAAUAGUACUGUAUUGGCAACUGGGGGCUUUGCGAGGUGUUACUUUUCUUGUACUGCAGCCCACACUUGCACUGGCGACGGGCCUGCGAUGUUUGCCAGAGCUAAACUUCCACUUCAAGACAUGGAAUUUGUACAGUUCCAUCCAACAGGAAUUUAUGGCAUGGGAUGCCUCAUAACUGAAGGAAGUCGGGGAGAAGGAGGAUAUUUGGUAAACAGCCAAAAUGAGGCAUUUAUGGUAAAAUAUGCACCAACGGCUAAAGAUCUUGCAUCAAGGGAUGUCGUGUCAAGAGCAAUAACUAUAGAAAUAAAAGAAGGAAGAGGAGUAGGCCCUCUAAAAGACCAUAUUUAUCUUAAGCUACACCACUUGCCUGCUGAGAAAAUAGCAAGUCGCCUACCAGGUAUUUCAGAAACGGCGAUGCUCUUUGCCGGUGUGGAUGUGACCAAAGAGCCCAUUCCUGUCAUACCAACGGUUCAUUACAAUAUGGGAGGCAUUCCGACUAAUUACAAAGGACAAGCUCUCACUCGGAAAGGCGACAAUGAUGCAAUCAUUAAAGGUCUCUAUGCUGCGGGAGAAAAUGCUAGCUGUGGUGUCCACGGCGCAAACCGAUUAGGUGCCAAUUCAUUAUUGGAACUUGUAGUUUUUGGUAAAGUCGUUGCUUGCACAAUUGCCGAGGAAACUAAACCAGGUGAUCUGCCUUGUAAACCUGAUAAAGCAGGUGAAGAAUCUAUUGAAGAAUUGGAGAAGAUCCGUGCUUCGGAUGGAUCACUCAGCGUGGGUCAAAUAAGAAUGAAAAUGCAAAGAGUAAUGCAGCAAUACGCUGCUGUAUUCAGAACGGAAGAAACUCUGAAGAAAGGAAUCAAAGAACUCGACGAAGUGUUCGAAUCAGUAAAAAAUUUAAAAAUAUGUGAUAAGUCGCUUGCGUGGAAUUCAGAUGUUAUAGAAGCUUUAGAACUUCACAAUCUGUUAAUAUGUGCCAAAAACAUUAUUGUAAGCGCUGAAAGCAGAAAAGAAUCUCGAGGAGCCCAUGCUAGAGAUGAUUUUAAAGUAAGGGUCGAUGAAUAUGACUAUAGUAAACCGCUUGAAGGCCAGAUGAAAAAACCAAUGAAAGACCACUUUAGAAAACACACGUUGAGUUAUUACAAUCCAGCAACAAAAGAGGUGAGCAUUCAAUACAGGCCUGUUAUAGAUGAUACUCUCGACCCGGACGAGGUGAAGACAGUUCCUCCAGCAAUUAGAAAAUAUUAACCAUAAGAUUUUUCUAAAAAAAAAAAAAAAACUUAGGUUGUUAUCAUCCUUUAAGAACUUGGAAUCUUUAUUUUAUAAACAUAAAAGAACAUGCACAUUAAAUCUCCUUAAAUUUUACAAAAAGGAGUUCUGAUUUUUGGCUGAUUUAAUUGACUUAAAUAUUAUUUUCCCAUUCGUUUUAUAAAAUUUAAAAAAAGAAUUACCUUAUGAGGCAAAUAUUUUACAUACGAAUUUAUACAAUGUACGUUUAUAUUUUAACAAUUGACUAUUUUAUAAGUAGAAGGGGUUAAUUUAUUAAA